UCCCUCCAGUCCUUCCUGCACAUCUCCAUCUCUCUCACUCGCUCAUAGCCACAUUCUUGUUUUUUCUAGUGAGAAAAGAUGGGUUUAGUCGAUCUAGUCUGCAACAUUGUUUUUCUCGUCUUACUUCUUUCACUGGUAGUUCAAGCCAGAAUCCCCGGAGUUUACAGAGGUGAAUCAUGGCAAGGUGCCCAUGCCACCUUCUAUGGAGGGAGUGAUGCCUCUGGCACAAUGGGUGGUGCUUGUGGAUAUGGAAACUUGUACAGCCAAGGUUACGGAGUUAACACCGCCGCCCUCAGCACGGCGUUGUUCAACAAAGGGUUCAGCUGCGGGGCGUGCUUCGAGAUCAAGUGUUCUAACGAACGGCAGUGGUGCCACGCCGGCAGCCCCUCCAUUUUCAUCACUGCCACCAAUUUCUGCCCGCCCAACUACGCUCUGCCAAAUGACAAUGGCGGUUGGUGCAACCCGCCAAGGUCGCACUUCGACCUAGCCAUGCCCAUGUUUCUUAAAAUAGCCGAAUAUCGGGCUGGAAUUGUUCCCGUAGUUUACCGGAGAGUGCCAUGCAGAAGGCAAGGAGGCGUAAGGUUCACGAUCAAUGGAUUCCGUUACUUUAACCUGGUUUUGGUCACCAACGUCGCGGGUGCAGGAGAUAUUGUAAAAGUAAGCAUUAAGGGGUCGAGAACCGGGUGGAUGAGCAUGAGUCGAAAUUGGGGCCAAAACUGGCAAUCAAACUCAGUUUUAGUUGGUCAAUCGCUCUCAUUUAGAGUGACCGGUAGUGAUCGACGCACCUCCACUUCAUGGAACAUAGCCUCUGCACAUUGGCAAUUUGGUCAAACUUUUGUUGGAAAGAACUUCAGAGUCUGAAACAGAUUCUUUUAAAGUCAAAUUUCCAUAAUUUGAGCCCUUUUUGACUGUUGGGUUUAGAAAUUUUCUUGAGAACUGUGAAAGUAGUGGAAAAUUGUUGCGUGCGCUUGGGUAAAGUAGAAAAACAAGGAAAUUUCUAUAUUUUGUAAUGGGGAGAAAGCCGGAAUAGCUGAAGCGGCUGCACCAAAUAGUUGCCCGCAGCUACAUUGUUUUUAAGUAAAUUGUAGUAUAAUAUUAUUGUUAUGCGAUAUUUAACUUGUGUGGAAAUGAAUCUUAUUUUGAUGGAA